AUGGAUUACCUCAAGACGGUGGUGCCGUCGCAGCUCCUGGCCGAGCGCGGCUCCAACCUCGUCGUCAUCAACCCAGGCUCUAUGAAUGUGCGCAUGGGGUUCGCUAGUCAGGACGUGCCGUUCAAUAUACCGCACUGCAUUGCCCGGCACAAGAACGAUGCGCCGAAGCUGUCGGUGCGAGACCAGAGGCUCAACUGUCGUGCUGGGUUGACGCACAAUGCAGAACGGGAGAGGGCGUAUGAUAUUAUCGCUUCAAUGCUGAAAAUCCCAUUUUUGGGUGAAGUAUCUCCUUCAGAGAACCAGCCAUUACCUCCUAAGAUGGGACGUCUUGAUGGUCUUUCUUCACAGCAAAACAAAGAUGAUAGUAUACUCACAUGGACAGAUGUGAUGGACAAAAGGAUCAAGACAUCCACGUCAAUUGAAAGGUCAGUAAACAGUGACGCCGAUGAAGAUCCUUCACAAAGCACAUCUGAUGAUGGUAACAAGUCCAACUCCGAAGAAAGCAAGUAUAAGGAAAUGAUAUUUGGAGAGGAUGCUUUGAAAAUCCCUCCUUCUGCACCAUACUGUUUGGGUCGCCCGAUCAGGAGAGGCCAUUUUAAUAUUUCUCAGAAUUAUUCAUUACAUCAGGUUUUAGAAGAUUUGCGCACUAUUUGGAACCGGAUGCUGACAGAGAAGUUGCAUAUCAACCCAAAGGACAGACAUCUAUAUUCUGCAAUUCUUGUUCUUGGGGAAACAUUUGACAACCGAGAAAUGAAAGAAAUGCUGUCCAUUGUACUUUGCGAUUUGGGGUUUAGCACGGCAGUGGUACAUCAGGAAGCUCUAGCUGCGGCAUUUGGGAAUGGUUUGUCGACAGCUUGUGUGGUCAACAUUGGUGCUCAAGUUACACAAGUAGUUUGUGUUGAGGAUGGAGUAGCUUUGCCCCACACAGCUUUGGCACUUCCAUAUGGUGGAGAUGACAUAUCCAGAUGCCUACUUUGGGUUCAACAACGUCAUCGCACAUGGCCAAACUUUAAAACCGAUCCCAUGAAGAAGCCUAUAGAUAUGCUAAUGCUCAACAAGAUAAAAGAGGGAUAUAGCCAGAUAAGGAGCGGAAGUUAUGAUGCUGUUUCUGUUGUUCAUUCAUAUGAGCAUGAAAAGUCUGUUGGGCAUCAGAAGACAAGGCUGUCAGCUCUCAGCGUUCCUCCUAUGGGGCUUCUUUAUCCUCGGCUUCUCAUUCCAGAAGAGUUCCCUCCACCUCCCCGACCUUGGUUCCAAGAUUGUGAUGACAUGCUGGAAGAUACAUGGCAAACAAACGACGGUCUUUCUGGAAAUGGUGGGCUUGGUGCAUGGGACAGUUAUCAAAUGCUUCCCACUAGAGUAAAGAAGUUCGAUAAUAUCGGCCUCGUAGAAGCCAUUGUCAGCAGUGUUCUUUCAACAGGACGUGUUGACCUCCAAAGGAAGCUAUUCUGUAGUAUUCAGCUGGUUGGUGGUGCAGCUUCAACAACAGGUCUUGCACCAGUUCUCGAACAAAGGGUUCUUAAUACUAUUCCAUCAAAUCAACCCGUUGAGAAGGUUGAGGUAUUACUGUCAAGGAGGAAUCCAUUGUUUAUCCCAUGGAAAGGUGGAGUGGUCCCUAAAUCCUACUUUACGCUCGGACAGAUUUUGGGCGUCCUUGAUACUACCCGUGAUGCUUGGAUCCAUAGAGAAGAUUGGAUUAAAAAUGGCAUUCACGUUGGGAGUGGCAGAAAAUAUAAGGAUUCCUAUUUUCUUCAGUCGCAGCUGAUGUGUUACUACAAUUCAUAA